CCUAGGAAUUCCUAAGAAAAAAGCGGAGAUCAUAGAUUAGUCAUCUUAGUGUUUACGAUUCCGGAUGCGGAAACCGCAAAGAGGGGAGCCGGAAACCCAAGGAACAUAUUUACCGGAAACCAUAGCAACAAAUAAACGGUUUAAAUUUUCCACCUUGCUAUUUCAAACAUUUUGAAGAAUAACUUAAAAAAAUGGAUGAAGAAGCGCAAGCAGAAAUUCCUGAACCUCUAGGCGAAGAGACCAACCUCAAAAUAAGACCUUUGGAACGUGUUACACUUUACCCCAAGGUUCCCAUAGAACCUUCGGCUUAUGGAAAAGGGAAGAACUUCAGUCGUCCGUGGAUCCUUCAAGAUGGACGCGAGGUUCCUGAAAAAGGCAGUGAAAUGCGCGCCAAUUAUAAAAUUCCUAAAAAACCUGGACAUCAUGAAGGUAUUCGGAAACGCAUGCUAACGGAUUUUUUCUGGGAGCAAAUGCUGGACGAAGUGAUCGAGGAGUUAGGAACUUCGCAGCCUGUCGCCGAGUACUGCUCCGAAUAUGAAGCCAAUUUUAUUAGGGAUCAAUUCGAACCUCGGAAUUUGGAGGUGACAGCUGAUAAAAACAUGCAUUUGAAGUAUCCCUUAUACGGCACUGGAUCAAGCGCCAUAACCUAUUACAGCGAGAAUAUAAAGAAGACGGGCCCUGGAGAAAUAUUGGAGAAGUUCCGGCGAUGUCAAUAUUUUACAAAACCAAUGGAGGAGAGAUUGGAUGUUGGUUGGGUUUUGUAAUGCUAGUGUUGUUUACUUUUUUUUUAAAUGCACCAAAAUGUGUUACUUUUAUUAAACUAAUCUUCACAAAAAUAAAUUGGCCUUUUGCUGUGUGCAAUUUACUCAUCAA